CAAAAAUAGACUCUCCAAACCUAAAACCCUCACCACUCACCGCCCAUUUCUCUCACGCUUGCCGCAGCACCGGACGGAGUCUCUCGCUCCUCAACCUCGCCUCUGCUCAUCCUUUCCGCUUCACAGUGAGUGGAUCCCAAGCUGGCCUAGUCAUCCUUUCCUUGCAGUGGUGUGAUUAACUUUUGUUAUGCUUAUGCAGCACCACUUUGAAGCCCCCAUCUCACUGCUGUCGUCGUCAUCGUCGCCAUUGACCACUUUGAAGUCAUUGCCACUGCUGCUUAGAUUGAACUGUAGGAAGUUGCUAAUUUAAGGAAGUCAUUACAAUAGAGAUUCAGUAAUUCCCCCAAUUUGAAUCCCCAAAAAUGGCCACUGCCGCCAUUCGCUCUGCUGUCUGUGCAGGGCGCCACUUUUUCUCUUCUAUUGCCAGCAGCAGCCAUAACAAUGCCCAUAAAAACACCCAUAAAUUCUUGGAGUCUAACUCCUUCAUCGGUAGCUGGAAAGCGCCAAAGAACCCAAAAGAGGCGGAGGCGAAACUAGCACGAUUGAGGAGGGUGUAUGCGAAGCAAGUGAAGGAGGUGCGGAAGGAGUACAUAAGGGAAAUGGAAUUGAUCCGCAUUGAGAAGCAGAGGCAGGACGAAGCUAGAAAAGAGGCCAUAAGGGUUGCAAAUGAAGAGCGCAAGAAGUUAAAAGCUGAGGUUGCUAAAGCUAGAGCUGAGGAGCGCAAGAUUGCUGAAGAGGAAUUCCGUCAAAUGCUGUUGAAAGAAAGAAAGGAGAAGCUUGAAUACUGGAGAAUGGUACAGCAAAAACUGGAAGAGAAAAAGAAACAGAAGAAUGAACUCUUGCGAAAACAAAGUUCCAUGUGGAUUGAUGAAGGUCAAUUGGAGAAGACGACACUAGAAGCCAUAGUUGCUUCCAAAUGGUUUUGAGAGUACAAGGGCAAAUUCUAGUGUCUUUUGGGAGUAGUUCAUGUUUUUAAAUUGUUGAGUUGUUGUUGUUGUCCUCAUAUUGACAAUGUUUGCUAUCCAUUUACAAGUCCAUUGUCGUGAAUAGUAAAGUUAACAGUAAGGAUGUGUUUGAUAAAAGGUUAAGGUAAUCUAAUGUUCACAUCAAGUCACAACCA